AUGGCUGCGAUCUACACUGUCUACACGUCUCCCAAUCACCCGCCCAUCCCUAACCAUCUCCCGACGCUCAUAGUUACCCCGCAUGGCCAGCCCACAAACAUCCUCUACUCGUACCUCCACACAAACUACAAUGCAGAGAACUAUCUUCUGACGCCUUCGCCCCAAGGCGACCUCUGUGUUGCCAAGCUCUUCCCUCCACGGCCAAACGCUGGCAAUGGAAAAGCAACUGCAUCCGACCCUGGUCACGCGUCCUCUUCGUCCUCCAAGAUCGUCCGCUGCGAGGCGUCGCGCAACCUGAAAUGGACAAUCGCUAACACCGGUGUACUCUCUCCCAUCUACAAGCUCGCGCUGCCCUCUCCCGACUCUGGAGAUCUUCCACUCUUCCAAAUAUCCAAGCCGAAUCCCAAUGCGCAGUUUUGGAGUAUGUUCUAUUUUGCCUACGCCGGGCACAACAUUCCGCCCAAGCGAAUCGAAUUUGGCAAAAUCCAAAAGAACCCUCCUGGACCGAACGGAGGUGGAACUCGGAUCAGUAUCACCGGAAAGACUGCCGAAGAGAAGGCAGUGUGGCAAACAUUGGGGGAGGGCAAUGAGGACUGUGUAGAGUGGGUUGUCUUGUGUGCAGCACUGAACUUGCUUGACGACGAAAUCAUCAAAGCAGCGGAAAAGAACCCGCCCCCUCCCGGUGGUGCUCCCGUGCCCGGUCCCGGCGGUCGUCCUGCUCCAGUUGCCCUCCGUGAUCCCGGUGUUGGGGGCCUGCCUCCUGGUCCUCAGCGCGCCAACACUGGUCCUAUGCCUCCUCCCCAGAUGCGCGGACCGCCUCCUCCCCACACGGGCGGCCCUCCUAAUGGCCCUCCAGGGCCGGGUGGUCCCCACAUGGGUGGUCCUCCUCCAGGCCCUAUGGGUGGCCCCAUGGGCGGUGGACCGCGUGGACCGCCCGGAUCAGGUCCGAUGGGUAUGCCCCCCACGGACGGGGAGGCCCUCCGCCAGGUCCCGGUUUUGGCGGUGUACCCCCAGGCGGUUUCGUGGCACCGCCGGCAGGUCGUGGAUUCCCUCCUGGCCCCGGUGGUCCUCCAGGACCAGGCAUGGGUCGUGGCAGGUUCACCGCCGCCCGGCCGGUUCUAG